CCAAUUGGAACUGGCAGAUCCAGAACCGACCAGCAGCGAGAUUACAUUUCAAGCCAAUUCCUUUGAACUGUAUUGAAAGGGCCUCCAUGAGCUAAAAAGUCGAGGUAAAACGGUUCCUUUUGGGAAAGAUUUAUUUUGACCACACUUUGUGCUUAGUAGAGCCAAAUGAUUCAAAUUGUUUUGCAACCAAAUAGGACUUGAAUACCCUUCCUCAUUCCGCCUCCUGUUGGAGCCCUACGUGAGCGUUUGGCAGAUUGGUGUCCUUCUCAAAUAAGUUCCUAGCAUCACCUCUACAAGUAUGAUGACCAGCGAACAUCUGCUCACUCUUUCUCCAGAGAGCAGCCUAGGGCUCUUCCAAGGGAAGUGUGUGGUCAUUGAAAGGUGCUUCUGCUUGCGCUGAGGCGGAGGUUUUUGAAGUUGGGGAUACCUCCUUGCCUUCUGCCUCACCUCCCGGGGGGCCCAGCCCUUAGCCACAACUGGCCCUUCAGCCGCGUGCCGGCUCGCGCUCUGCUCAAGCUGUCUGUGAAACGAGGAACGAUGCGCGCGCAAGUCUAGCACAAACUUUGUGCAAGUGCAACUUGGGCAUCCCCGAGGAGGCGGGGACGCAAGGCUCUGAUGGAGGAAGGGGCGCAAGGCGAAGCUAAGGCAGUUAUGAACAGCGGGGCGGAUCUCCACUGGGACCAGCGUCUGAAAGGGAGCCAAUCGGGAAGCCGCAGUUGCUGCCAAUCACGGCGCUCUCUCCAAUCCCACCCGUGCCAUUUCCAAAAUCUCUGUCCCACUGUGCAGCUCAAAUGUGGUGUUCACUCUGCCAAUCGCUGGAGGACAGAGUGGGAACAGGAAUACGCCGAGUUAGGAGGUCAGGACAAAGAAGUUAAAGAGUCCCUAAUAUAUACAUGUUUUGGGAGGCGGGCAGAGGGCAAAAAGUCCCCCCAGUGAGGGUUUAUGGGUCUGAUUGUGUGGUUCUGAUGGAGCUCCCUUUGAGCAAGAGGAACUCGCCAGCGCUGAGAUUAGCGGAUUUGGCAACGGCUCAAGCCAAGCCUCUUCAGAAUAUGACAGGCUUCCCGGCGCUGGCCAGCCCGCCUGCCCACUCCCAACUUCGCGCCUUAACCACGCACCUCUGCCCUCGGGACCUGGGCGCUGACCCCGGCGUGGCCAACACUCCACUGGGACCCGAGCACAUGGCCCAGGCCAGCGCACUCCGACUCAGCCCUCCCUCCCAGGCGCUCCGGGCACAGCCUGAGGCUCCCGCGGUCACCAACCGCUCAGCAGCCGCCGCUGCGCACCCCGGAGCCUGCACCUAUUCUGGUGGCGGGGGCAGCAGCAGUGUGCUGCCCUCCGCGCCACCGCCCCCAGCCCCUCCUCUUCCUCCCUCCCCUUCAACCCCUUCCCCUCCCCCUCCUCCUCCUGCCCUCUCGGGCUACACCACCACCAACAGUGGCGGCGGCGGCAGCAGCGGCAAAGGCCACAGCAGGGACUUCGUCCUCCGGAGGGACCUUUCCGCCACGGCCCCCGCGGCGCCCAUGCACGGGGCUCCGCUCGGAGGGGAGCAGCGGUCCGGCAUCGGCUCCCCCCAGCACCCGACCCCGUCUCCCCACUCGGCCGGCAUGUUCAUCUCUGCCAGCGGCACCUACGCGGGCCCGGACGGCAGCGGCGGCGGGGGUCCCGCGCUCUUUCCUGCGCUGCACGAGGUGCCGGGAGCGCCCGGCAGCCACCAGCACCCGCUCAACGGCCAAAUGCGCCUGGGGUUGGCGGCAGCGGCGGCAGCCGCUGCAGCAGAAUUGUACGGCCGCGCGGAACCACCCUUUGCGCCACGUUCCGGCGAAGCGCACUACGGGGCGGUGGCGGCCGCUGCAGCAGCUGCCCUACACGGCUACGGAGCUGUGAACUUAAACCUGAAUCUGGCGGCGGCUGCCGCUGCAGCGGCAGCGGCCGGGCCGGGACCCCACCUGCAGCACCACGCGCCGCCCCCGGCGCCGCCGCCGCCGCCUGCUCCAGCGCAACACCCGCACCAGCACCACCCCCACCUCCCUGGAGCUGCUGGGGCCUUCCUGCGCUACAUGCGGCAGCCAAUCAAGCAGGAGCUCAUCUGCAAGUGGAUCGACCCGGAGGAGCUGGCCCGGCAGCCGCAGCCACCACCGCCCCCGGCCGGCGGCUCCAAGCCCUGCUCCAAAACUUUCGGUACCAUGCACGAGCUAGUGAACCACGUCACUGUGGAGCACGUGGGCGGCCCGGAACAGAGCAGCCACGUCUGCUUCUGGGAGGACUGUCCGCGCGAGGGCAAGCCCUUCAAGGCCAAAUACAAGCUGAUCAACCACAUCCGCGUGCAUACGGGCGAGAAGCCCUUUCCCUGUCCCUUCCCGGGCUGCGGCAAGGUCUUCGCGCGCUCCGAGAACCUCAAGAUCCACAAGCGCACUCAUACAGGGGAAAAGCCUUUCAAAUGUGAAUUUGAUGGCUGUGACAGGAAGUUUGCCAAUAGCAGUGAUAGAAAGAAACAUUCUCAUGUCCACACCAGUGACAAGCCAUAUUACUGCAAGAUUCGUGGCUGUGACAAAUCUUAUACUCACCCAAGCUCUCUGAGGAAGCACAUGAAGAUUCAUUGCAAGUCCCCACCACCUUCUCCAGGAGCCCUUGGUUAUUCAUCAACGGGGACUCCAGUGGGUGCUCCCUUGUCCCCGGUGCUGGACCCAAGCAGGAAUCACUCUAGCACUCUAUCCCCUCAGGUGACCAACCUCAAUGAGUGGUACGUUUGCCAGGCCAGUGGAGCCCCCAGCCACCUCCAUACACCUUCUAGCAAUGGAACCUCUUCUGAGUCUGAAGAUGAGGAAAUGUACGGGAACUCUGAAGUAGUGCGGACGAUACAUUAGAAUUUAUUCAUAAUAAUAAGUAAAAUAAUAAGUGGGAGUCCUUGGACCAUAUCCUCACAUGAGACAAUGCCGAGCCUGAGAAAAUCCAUGACUCAGACUUGCCACCGAGUCUAAUUAGCCCUAUUUAUUUAGUAUGAAACCCCAUGGUGUUUUUACAUUUAGUUAAUUUAAUUAAGAUAUUUGGGCUUUUUUCCCCCUAAAAAACAAAGAAACAAAACUAACCAAGCUGGACUUACACAUUGCAGAGGGACAGGGCUGGGAGCACAAUGUACCAAGAAAAAUAAAUGGAGAGAUCAAUUAAUCGAGAGAUACACUGCCAAUGCAAUAUAUAUAUUUUUUCAAAGGUGAGAGACAGAACACUCAACACAGUAACAAGGCCCUCUGCAUUUCCUAGAGUGCCUUGCAAAUGCCUUUGACAACAUAAUCUGGGCUUCUUUGGAGCCUCUUAGUUGCCUCCUUGGGUCCUAAUUCUGCGAAGUCCUCUUCAUUGUAAACCAUACACUUGCUGCAUUGCCAACAGAUCAUGGGCUGUACCGGUGUUCAAAAAUAUUUGUCAUUUCAUUUCCACUUUUAUUGAUAAUAUCUAAACAGUAUUUUUAUACAGGAUUAUUUAGUACCCUGUUUGUAUGAUUUAAAGAAAAAGAUGCAGCAACCUUAAUACAUCUCCAUUGUGCUACUGUGAUGGUUCAAACAAAAGUGGAGAUAAGAAAAAGCUGCUGCAAUAGACAAAUGUGAAACUGAUAUUUUAUAAAAUAGAAGAAAUUCAAGUGCUUGUCUUUUCCUGUUUUUUUUUUUUUUUAAUCUGAAAUCGCAGGUGCUGCCUCUUUACUAUGUUCAAACUUCUUGUGUAAUAAAGACAUAGUUUAGAUCAUAAGUUCUUUGGGAUACUAAAAUUAAUAGGCAAGUCUAAGGAGAAGUGAUGUUGGCAAUAUGCCUAUUUUUUUUUGAAAACUUGUUUUAAAUACAGGCCAAUCCCUCUUUUAUACUCUUAUAUCAGCCUUUUAAAAAGCCUUUAUUUUUUGAUGACUGAAAGUACAUUUUAACACACUUUCUUUCCCCUGAGCACUGAACACACCAAACUCUAUCCCAUUUGAAAAUUAUAGUGUGUGAAGUAUAUGAUUUACAUUUAGGAAAUUGCUAUACAUAGUUUAAUUUUUUAAAUGCUUGUAGUUACCACCAAACAUUGAUGAAUGUUUGACCUUUGCCAGAACUGUCAAGCUAGGAUAAAAAAAGGUCAAGCACCUAGGACAAUAACUCUUAAUCAAUUUAUUUUCAGUUGGUGCAGCACAUCUCUUGUGCAAAUGUAGUCUAUCAUAAACAUACAAAUAUACUAAAGAGCACUAAUUUAUACUCAAAGACCCUGAAGACACCCCCUCCCCAGGGUUUGUAGUAACCUGUUUCGUGUACUGUGAGUGGUUGAUGUAGUCUUAUCAUUGUUAAUGACUUGUAUGUGAAACUAUUUGUACAGUUGAAUUAAUUUAUUUUCAGACAUCCUAUUUUUUUCUUUCCUGGAAGAGUUCAAAGCACACCAAAGAAUUAUAUUGUACAUUUUUGUGAUUGUUGUUUAUGACCCAUGGUUUAUUUAAAAAAAGGCGAGAAAAUGGAAAAAUAUAUUUUUAAAUGUACUUGAAUGAACAACGUAAUGUGAAAACCGGGACUCUUCCUGCAUGUCUUUUUUGCAUUGUGUUGAGAUUAUAUAUAGUUUAUAGAUAUAUUACUAGUACAGUGCAUGGUGCUGUCACUUUGAAAGCCUUUCAAUGUCUUCAAAUUGUUGUGAAUAUGAAACCUGCAGACCCUCCUUUAUAAAGAAAAAGACCAUAAAACUUGAAUAUAAAAUAACUACAUUUAAAAGUUUAUUUGAUUUUAAUAGUAUUCAGUUUCAAAGCUCUUUCAAAUAGACAAAAGUAUGAACUUUGGGGGAUAAUUUAUGUAUUGUAAACUUGUUAGAACAAAAUAUUCCUGAUUUGUAUUGAGUUGUUUUAUUUAUACAGCUUUUUCAAUGGUAGUUUGCACUAUUCUUUAUUAUGCUACAGGUUUAUUUAUUAUGAAACAAAGGAAUAUGUAUUUUAUGCAUUUUGCCAUGCAUAGGUUAAUUCUGCCACAGAUUUAUUGGUUCCUGGUAGACCUAAAAUAAAAAAAAAAAAAAUGUGUACCUUCAAUAGAAAGCAAGAAUGAUUAUGGAGUAAAAAACUUAAUAAAGAUAUUCUUCCUGUGUA